AUGGAACCUGAUGUCUAUGCGUAUCUCGAUGAUAUAGUCAUCGUUAAUGAAAAGUGUGAAUUCGGCGGAUUGACUCUGCUUUAUCUCGAUUUCCUCGUUAAUCAGAUGGGUUUGCAGGGAGAUACGGACAAAGUCGAGCACUUUUUCUCAUACACAGCCCCAAGAACAAUUAGGCAAUUAAAACGGUUCUUGGACAUGGCAUCGUGGUACCGUCGUUUUACACCCGACUUUGCGACUGACGCGAAACCACUGAACAAACUGCUUAGAACGAACGUUCCAUGGGAAUGGGGCACCGAACAGGAAAGCGCGUUCCCUAAGCUGUAA